UUUCUUAAACACACGGAGAGAAAAAUGUGUUACUGUUGAGAAUCAUAAGCUGUUUAUAUAGAAGCCUGAAAAACCUGAUUCGGAUCUAUAGGUCAGAGAUGUACAGAAGCUCUGUCUCCUGCAUGUUUGCAUAUCCCUGUUGAUUUUUGUGUCAUCUGACUGCUUAACAGAAAAACAACAGCUGACAAGAGCAACUUACUCUCUGUUUCAACUGGAGCUAGUCACGAGAACUGCAACCUUAUUUUUUGUUUCAGUUUGCUGCUGUUUAACUGUAGAUUUUAAAAUGGGAGAACAGGGCAGGCUGAUUGGGGGCCUGGUACUGUGUCUGAUGGGGAUUUUAGGAGUGUGUGUGGUUUGCGGACUGCCAAUGUGGAGAGAGACAUCUUUUGUGGGAGCAAAUAUUGUGACGGCACAAUUGGUGUGGGAUGGUCUUUGGUUACACUGUAUCGUCCAGGCAACUGGCCAGAUGCAGUGUAAGAGACACACAUCUUCUGUCACUUUGACCGUUGAUAUCCAGGCUGGACGUGCCCUCACGCUGAUCUCCAUCAUCGCCGGCCUCCUGGGCUUCAUUGUCACCCUCCUUGGAGGAGGUGUAGUCAACUGUAGUGGAGAUCCACCAGACCCUGUUGAGCCUCAGUCCACAUCUUCAUCCAAAAAGAAGGCGUGUCUGCUGGGUGGAGCUCUGUGCAUCCUCUCUGGCAUCCUGUGCCUGGUUUCAGUCACCUGGUCAGCAGGACUGACCAUCUCGAUCUACAACGACCCCUUUGUGGCUGCUCCCCUGAAGAGGGAGGUGGGCUCCUCCAUCUACAUAGGCUGGGUCUCCUCUGUGCUGCUCCUCCUCGGCGGUGCUCUGAUCUGCUUUGUCUGCAGAAAGAAGGAGAGGUUGCAGCCUCCUUACUACCCAUACGUCCCGUACAGCUCCAGCGCUGAAUUCGGCAACAGUUCAUCCCACAUGGCCACUCUGAGGUCUGAUGUCACAACAUCAAACAGCUGGAGGACCUUUAAUCGCACGCCAAGUGGGAUGGUGGAGCAUGUAGCCCAAGUGCACAACUAUAACAGCAUGAAUAAAGCUCAGAGUGGGGUUGGGCCAUAUAAUCGGCCUCAGGGGACCAAACCAGGAUCUGAGCAGGGGACUUUAGGCCGUAAUCCAUCAAACAGAUCAGGGACACCAGACAAGGCGAAGGGCUUAUUCAAGGGAAUGAAUCCAAAUUUGGUGCGUGACGCGCCCAGCAGAGCCUCAACAGGACCAAGUGAAUAUUAUUACAAUAGGCCCUAAUCCAUAGGGAUGGACUUGCAUGGAUGAUUGUUCCGAGAGCGUGUCAAGUGUCAAGUGUGGUCCCUAUCUUUCCCCGCUAUCGCAAUAUCUCAGUCAGACUGAUCUAUAAAGUUUGAUAUUGUCAUCAUUACUCUUGAUAUCAUUACAAAUAACAUUGUUCAAACCCACAUCAUUUUAUCUCUAACUCUAGUAAAAAUCAAAAAGUAUCCAAAUAUACUGAAGAUGUCAGUAUUUCUAUUAUUAUAUUAUAUUAUUAUUAUUUAUAGAGUGGUGCAAUCAUAUGAAUACAAAAACAUCAGAAAGCUUCAAUGAAGAGCUGAAAAAAGAUGAAACACAACAGAUAAAAUGAUUUUAACAACUUCAAAGUGACUGAUCAGGAAAUAAAAUAAAUGUAAAUACAACUGUGUGUUAAGGAGUUAAUCUAACACACAUUUUAUCACAUAGAAUCAACAGAUUUUGUGGAACAUGGACAUAUAUUGAAGAUGAAUCUAACUUCCUGUGUUUGAAUAUUUUCGAUACAUUUUCCUCCUCCAGAGAUAUUGUUGUGAUAAAUGUGUUGACGAAACACAAACUGAGGAUGGCAAGUUUAGCAUGUUUGAUAGGUUAAAUUUGAAAAACAAGGAAUAUAGUUAACUUCUUUGACUUAUACUAUGAAUAUUUGCCUGAGGUAGACCUAUACUUAGUCAAAAUAUUUGUAAUAGAAUUAAACAGAGCUGUGACUGUAAAUACUCCACAGAUUCUACUCAUCUAAUCCAAAGAAAAACAUAGUAAAAAAAAGUACCUGCUGCAUCCUUGAGCACCACAGUGACUACUGACAAAUCCACAGGUGGUGCUGUGUAGCUGACUACUGAUAGGAGAGGGACAGGAAGGAGAUUCCCUGCAGGGAUGUUGUAAUGUAUGUACUGAAACACCUACAGCCCAUGUCAUCACCACUGUGCAUGCCACCAGUAUUGAUUAGCAGUGUGAUUACUCUGUAAGUUAUGCACUCUGUCUUUCAAAUCUGCUGAAAGAGAAAAGUACCUGUGCUUUUACGUUCACUGUGGAUGACUCUCACAUACCUCAGUGAUACUGUAAGAAUUUAGAUUUCCUAAGAGGAAAUAAAGCUGAUACUGAA